AUGGAUGACGAUGAUUUCGACCAAGUAUCUCAAAUUUUAUUUGAUGGCGUGGAUUCUCUUAGUUAUAUUGGCCAACCCGGAACUCUCAUUCCAAUAACAGAAAAUACACGUGCUGUUCUGUGCAGUGAAGACUUUAACAAUGUGAUCAUUGUGGCCACUCGAUUCGGUCAAGGUCGAUGUUUAGUAUUUGCGCACAACAGCUAUACGAACAUUUUUCUUAAUGAUGAAACAGAAGACCAAGAUUUUGUUGAAAAUUGUCGAAAAUGGCUCGCUCGAGGAUAUGAUGCUGAAUUCGUAUCGAUCAACGAUGCAGAUUCGAUGGAUGAUGUGGCACAAGAUGAUAAAAUACUCAUAUGGAAUGGACAUGACACAAAGAAUGAUGUCUUUAUAAGUGACCUAUGUGCAUAUUUAGAACAUGGGGGAGCUCUGAUUUGUGGAGCAACUGCCUGGGGUUGGCUGCAAAUAAACGAUGACAAACUUCUCUCGGAUUUUCCAUUCACACGUUUCUGUGACUAUAUUGGUGUGAAAAUUACGGACAAUUAUAUUGAUUGUCCCAAUCCGAUUCCUUUUCAACCCGAAGUACUAUGUGGCUGCUGGCAUUCCCAUUCAGAUUGA